AUUAGUUGUGUGAGUUUGACCGCAGAGGAUCGUAAAACCCUAAAACCUCCCAAAGUACGUCAUCUUCCUCCUCUGUCUCUGCUUUCCAGUCAAGCCAACACCAAACUGAAGUAAUGGAGGAGACGACAGGGAUGGACAUGGAAGUGGAGCAUCCCAAUCCAACUUCCGCCAAACGUUUCGGACUUAAAAACUCCGUUCAAACCAACUUCGGCGACGACUACGUUUUCCAAAUCGCCGCUAAGGAUGACUGGUCUUCUAUGGCGGUUUCGCUAUCCAACAACGCCGUUAAACUCUACUCUCCGACCACCGGUCAGUUCCAAGGCGAAUGCAAAGGUCAUUCCGAUUCUAUCAACCAAAUUUCUUUCUCCGCUUCAUUGUCUUCUCCGCACGUGCUCCAUUCCUGCUCUUCUGACGGUACUGUUAGAGCUUGGGACACUAGAACCUUCCGUCAGGUUUCGUGUAUUUACGCCGGUUCUUCUCAAGAGAUAUUUAGCUUCUCUGUUGGUGGUUCUGCUGAUCAUCUGCUUGCUGCUGGUUCAAAAUCUCAGAUACUUUUCUGGGAUUGGAGGAACAAGAAACAAGUCGCAUGUCUGGAGGAAUCACACACCGAAGAUGUUACUCAGGUUCAUUUUAUCCCUGGGCAUGGAAACAAGCUUCUUUCUGCUUCUGUAGACGGUCUCAUGUGCAUAUUUGAUACUAAUGGGGAUAUCAAUGAUGAUGAUCAUCUGGAAUCUGUGAUUAAUGUGGGAACUUCAAUUGGGAAGGUGGGAUUUUUUGGAGAGAACUAUCAGAAGCUCUGGUGUUUGACACAUGUUGAAAGCUUAAGUAUUUGGGACUGGAAAGAUGCAAAAAAUGAAGCAAAUUUACAAGAAGCUCGGUCGAUGGCAUCUGACAAUUGGGCAUUAGAUCAGGUUGAUUAUUUCGUUGACUGCCAUUACCCUGGUGAAGGGGAAAGCUUAUGGGUUAUUGGUGGCACUAGUGGUGGUGCUUUAGGUUAUUUCCCGGUAAAUUACAGCGGAGCUGGGGGAAUUGGCUCUCCCGGAGCAAUUCUUGGUGGUGGGCAUUCAGGUGUUGUCAGGAGUAUAUUGCCAAUGUCGAAUGUGAAGGGCGGAUCUCCUCAGGGCCAAGGAAUUUUUGGAUGGACAGGUGGUGAAGAUGGCCGGCUGUGCUGUUGGUUGUCCGAUAGUUCCGCAGAGAUAAAUCGCUCUUGGAUUUCAAGUGCAUUUGUUAUGAGAUCCCCCAACAGUCGCAAGAAAAGUAGGCAUCAUCCAUAUUAAAUUAACAAUAUCUUCUCAUAGUUUUGUAAGGAUGUGUAUCAAAUUAAUUAUGCCAAAAGAAGUCGAGUGGGCGGAUUGGUUUGAGGUGAGAAUUAUAUGGGUGUUUGUUUCUAUUAUGACCACUGGAUUGGGAAUCAUGAUAGGAGCAAUUUUUAGGGUUACUGUUCCGGCUGUUAAAAUUAGGUUUGUCGAGUUCUUAACCGAGCAUAAUACUUUUUAUGCGUACAAGUGAUAAAAUCAUUGAUAUAAUGUUAAAGCACUUCUUCGGAGAAGCCUUUUUGCUCCUUU